AUGUUCGCCAAGUCCGCUGUUGUGGCCGCCCUUUUGGCCUCCGCCGUCAACGCUCACGUCCUCAUGACCGAGCCCACUCCCUACGGUGCCGACUCCCUCAACAACUCCCCCCUCGCUGCUGAUGGCAGUGACUUCCCCUGCAAGCAGCGCUCUGGCGUCUAUGAUGAGCCCUCCCAGAUCACCACCGCCGCCAUCGGCGAGACCAUGCCGCUCAAGCUCGAGGGCAGCGCCGUCCACGGUGGUGGUUCCUGCCAGAUCUCCCUGACCAAGGACCUCAAGCCCACCAAGGAUUCCGAGUGGAUGGUCAUCAAGUCCUUCGAGGGUGGCUGCCCCGCCAACGCCGACGGCAACCUCUCCGGCGGCGCCACCAUGACCGUCCCCUCUGACCUCAACUACACCAUCCCCGAGGGCAUCGAGCCCGGCAAGUACACCCUCGCCUGGACCUGGUUCAACCGCAUCGGCAACCGCGAGAUGUACAUGAACUGUGCCCCCAUCUCCGUCACCAGCGGCUCCUCCAAGCGUGAUGAGAACGCUUUUGCCAAGCGCUCCUCCAGCUUCCCUCCCAUGUUCGUCGCCAACGUCAACGGCUGCACCACCAAGGAGGGCGUCGACAUCCGCUUCCCCCAGCCCGGUGACGACGUCCAGUACCUGGGCAACGCCGCCAACCUUGCCCCCGAGGGCUCCGACGCCUGCACCGGCACUCCCACCUUUGGCGGUGCUGGCGACUCCAGCUCUGGCAGCUCUGGUUCCGGCUCCGGCUCUGGAUCUGGCUCUGGAUCUGGCUCUGGCUCGUCCUCUGCCGCCGCCGAGCCCACCGCCAGCGUUGGCGUCACUGUCUCCGUCUCCCUGACCGUGCCCACUGCCACCGCCGACCCGGUGCCCUCCUCUGCCCCGGGCAUCUUCGUUCCCACCAGCAGCGCCGAGGCUGCCCCCGCCCCGUCGGCUACCGCCUCUUCCUCUGCCUCCUCCGGCUCUAGCUCCGGCUCGGAUCUCGGCGCCCUGAGCGGUUCCUGCAGCCCCGAGGGCCAGUGGAACUGCAUCGGCGGCUCCGCCUUCCAGCGCUGCGCCAACGGCCAGUGGACCGAGUCCCAGGCCAUGGCCGCUGGCACCAAGUGCACCGCCGGCCAAUCGCAGAACUUUGCCAUCGAGUCGACCCUGAAGCCGCGCAUGCUGAACUCCAUGCGCUUCACCCGUCGCGCGCAUAACGGCCAUGCCCAUGCCCACGCCCGCUCGUAG